GUCGAUGGACAUGGCCUCAACAGCCACGGCUGCCAUGACUGCCUCAACAUCCACCAGCACAGCCGACCCAAUGGCCGGAAUGGGACAUGGCAUGGGCGGCCCCAAUGCCUGCCAGAUUUCCAUGUUGUGGAACUGGAACGUCAAGAAUGCCUGCUUCAUCUCCAAAUCAUGGCGCAUCACCAGCAACGGCAUGUUUGCGGGCUCCUGCAUUGGCGUGAUCCUGCUCGUCAUCUCCCUCGAACUCCUGCGCCGCGCCGGCAAAGAAUACGACCGCUACAUCCUCGCGCAAUACGCGCGCUCCGCCGUGGCCCUACCCUCCACCGCCUCCUCCACCCACGACAACACCACCGCCGCCGCUAAAUCCGCAUCCACGACUUCCUCCCCCGCAUGCGUCCCAGCAGUGUCGUCGCAGACAUUCCGCCCCAACGUCCUCCAGCAGGCUGUCCGUGCUCUGCUCCACAUGCUGCAGUUCGCCGUCGCCUACUUCAUCAUGCUGCUCGCCAUGUACUACAACGGAUACAUCCUCAUCUGCAUCUUCAUCGGCGCGUACAUCGGGUACUUCAUCUUCGGGUGGGAGAGCUUCAAGGUCGGUGGCGGGGCGAGGGAUCGUCUGGAGGAGAAUGCCACUGUGUGCUGUGGAUGAAGAUGAAGAUGGACUGUCUUCGGGAGAAGACUACAACGGCGGGAUAUGCGUGAAUGGUGGAUGCUGAAUGCUGCAUGUAUUCGUAUACCAUACCCGUAAGUAGCUACAACGUUACUUGAGAAAUUUCUACUCUCAUUAUUCAAUCAAAGUUAAACAAAAUACAUUAAACAUUCACAUCACUUGUCACACGAAGGUUUUCAUCACAUCACAGUUCACUCAUCUAUCUACCCAUUCAUAUCAGCAGGUGAAAAAUUUCGAUUCAAUGUCAUUCUCAACCCUAACGCCCUAUCCAACUCAUCUCAUCUUGGAGCUAAUAAGCAGUCUUUCCGUGGUUCAAUCUUCCCGUCCCAGGUUCGCCCAAAUCAAGUCAUCAUCUUCGUUCAUCGUUCGUGCCAUACCCCCCAACCCUCAUCUCCCCCUCCACACAAAAGGAACCAAGGGAGUAGUGGUGUCGAUGUCGUUCAUUUAUUUAUG